AUGCCAGACCGUCCGCAGCCUCUGGAGCCGCCGCAAAGCCUGAGCAGGACUUUCCACGAGCAUCCGGCCCAGGAGCAGCACAGGAUGCCGCGCGCGACGACGACACCACCCGCCGCCAGCCCGGGCCCGCGCGAGGCCUCCGCUCGAGCAUCGCUGCUGGGCCUGCCGCGCGAGGUGCGGAACCUCGUCUACGAAUUCGUCCUGUAUGCAUCGCGGAGACCAGCCGUGGGCAACGACUACGCCACCGCACGCCCGCUGCUGCUGGACGCCCUGACAUACGGCCCGGCCCGUGUGCUGCUCCUGGUCAACCGCCAGAUCCACGCCGAGUAUGUCGAGGCCGUGUACCGCUACUGCCAGCUGCAGGGCGAGCUGGGCCCCGAGGACAGCUGCGAGCUCAAGCUGUCCACCCGCGGCUGGCCCCAGCACCGCGCCCUGCACCAGGCCCGCCUGCUGCAGCACCUGCGCAACUGGGAGGUGCAGACCGACUUCACCGACGUCGUCGGCGACCCCUUCAUGCCGCGCUGGGUGCUGUACCUGGGCAGCCUGCCGCUGAGCCAGUCGCUGCACCUCAAGCAGCUCAACCUCGAGGCCUCGCUGGAGAAGGUCCUGCCGCAGAUGCCCGCCCUGCGCGAGCUGACGCUGCGCCUGGUGCUGCCGCCCUACCCGCGCCUGCAGAAGUUCCUCACCAGCGGCUUCGACUUCGCCCGCUUCCUCGCCUACCAGCCGCCGCUGCUCGCCGCCGACUCUUCAUCAUACUCUACACACUCCUCCUCUCCUCACGGCGACGACCGCGGCCCGCCCCCUCAGCUGCUGCCGCCGCCGCGCCUGCGCCGCCUGACCAAGCUCAUCACGCCCGACUUCAGCGACGACGGCGCCGAGACCUACAUCGACGGCACCCACGUGCUCGAGCUGAUGGAGCGCGUCGACCGCGUGUGCCAGAAGACGGGCCGCCUGCAGAAGGCGUCGGAGCUGGUGCGCGACCCCAACUACUGGAAAUUCUACCAAGAGUCGCUCAACGCCGGCAAGAACUGGGUCAUGCACAACGAGCACGCCAUCUCGUACGCCGAGGCCCGCGCCUGUGCCGAGCAGGGCUACGACCGCUGGGUCGCCAAGGGCAAGCCCAUGUGGCACGAGGCCGUCAACUGGGUUGGCGAUUGA